AUGGUUUGUUCUGUUCAGUGCUUGAGCUUUGCCGAGCGCCGAGCGCCCCUGCUCCUUGACUGUGGAGGUGUGUUCUUCGAGGAGAAGGUGAAGGCCUUGCAACGUGAGCACGAGGAGCCGCCUGGAUACUUUUCGGGCGAGGGCUACCUGAAGCCGCGCUGGCCGAUGGACUAUCCAGGCGACGGCCAAGAGCGGUCGACGCUGGGGAGGACGAGCUUGCCUCCCAUGACUUUGCCCCACACGCCCGGGAACCCUCCAGGGAUCCCUGGAGGGAUCCCUGGAGGAAACCCUGCAGUUCCCAACUCUUCACAGAGCGCGCCCAGCGCGGUGUCCACCUUGCCCAUGCUGGACCGCUGGUCGGGCCGGUCGGAGCCUGCGCGUUCCGGCAGCCUCACGGGGACGCUACCCGAGGCCUCGGACAGGGCAGCACUAAUCCCGCGGCUUAUCCAGCCGUCCUCGGAGGCUCAGUUCCAUGUGCCCGUGGAUGGCCUUAGCUCGCUGUGGCGAGGUGAGAGCCCGGUGGGGAUCUAUGGCCCGGGCGGCCACACCCUCCUCUUUGCGCGCUUUAGCCAGGACAGCAAAGAUCGGCGGUGGCUGGAGCUGUCCACAACCGCGAACACCCAGUUUCCACACUGUCGUGUGGGACCCCUUCGGUUGGGAGCAGACCCGUCUGGGGCGUGCCUGCACAUCUUUGGACCCAACGGCGACAAGUAUGGCCUCCUGCAGAAUUGCGGGGAGGAAUGGCAACUGCGGCGAGCGGAAGGUUCGGUGCUGAUGAGUGUCGGAGCAGCUGCAGGAGGUGUGGGCCUAACAGCAGCGACUGAUGGCCAGCUGACUGCCACGGCCUGGCCUGAGCAUGCGGGUGCGCUGGUGGUGAAGGUGAGCCCCGGCCGGGAUCCACUCUUGGCACUGCUGUGCAUGCUGGCCGUGCUGCUGCUGUCGCCGGAGCUCUCGGGCCUGGGACACUGA